CUCGGUUGAAGGACCAUAGUACAAGAAAACAAACCAAAAGAUGUAACCUUAAUUAACAUAAAUGCAUCGCGUUUAUCCAGAAUAUUUGUGCAUGUUGCAAGUUACUACAGCCAGGGCGUGAUGACAGAAGACAACGAACUGGAAAAGCGCGCAGUAGAGGAGCUCCUGAGGGAGACUGACAGAGCUCGGCUCAGAGCUGAGACCAUGGGCCCUGCAGGAUGGUUGAAAUGUCCUCUACGGAGCACAAACAAACGCUUCCUGCUCAACACUCUGCGCUCCGCUGGCCUGCAGCAUCGCACGGAGGAGCCUAAAGGCAAACACUGCAACGUAAGAGAACGUCUGAGGAGCGAGUCCCCAGAAAGACGCCGCGACCGCAGCAGAACGCCGCCAGCAGAUCACAGGAAUAAUGGGAGCCGCGCGGGUCAUAAACAUCGUCACAAGGACCGCCACGCAAGCCGAGAUAAGAGGCGGGACGGAGAUAAGGACACGCGUUACAGACACAGAGACGACGGGGACAGGAGGCAUGCCGAUGGACAGAAAAGAAAGACAAAGACAGACGGAUGAAUAAGGAUGGAGCGUUGCUUCUUUAAAAAGUUCCUGAACGUACUCCGAUCAGCCGCUAGACUUGAGAGCUGCACACAGGCUGAGAGGCUUAAUGUUCACCUAGUGUUGUAAAAAGAGCAAAAUCUUUAACUUUGAUUCUCCUGAUCU